AUGUCUGAACAACCCAAGGAACCAAAGCCUGAAACUGAACACAUCAACAUCAAGGUCACUGACUCCAGUACAGACGUCUUUUUUAAGAUUAAGAAGACAACGCAGCUUAAGAAAGUCAUGGACGCAUUCUGCAAGCGAACGGGCAAGGAUCACUCUGCUCUCAGAUUCUUGUAUGAUGGCGAACGUAUCAGAGAUACUGAUACACCUGCUUCUCUUGACAUUGGCGACAAUGACGUGAUUGAAGCUCACACAGAACAAAUUGGAGGUGCUUUGAUUUACUAA